AUGCUCUCCCUCCGCCCCCUCCUCAGAUCAGCCCCCCUCUCCCCCCUGGCCUCUGUCAGUCGUCGGGCCAUCCACGCCUCUAUCCCCGCCUUCAACUCUGCCAGCAGGCCAGAGUCCUCUACAACCCCUGUGCCUACCAUCCAGGACGGCACUGUUCCCACAGAAUACCAGGGUGUCAACGGUAUCCAGGCCGAUCUUGUAUCAGGUGCCCCUGUUGAGCUCCUCCACCGUCCUGUUCGCAUCUACCGUCCCACAAAAAACACCAUGCAGUCAGCCAAGGGCAAGACGAAGCGAUGGGUUGUCGACUUUGACGUCUUGCAGGGUGCUGGGAGAUGGGAGAACAGAUUGAUGGGUUGGGCGUCCUCGGCGGAUUAUGUGCAGGGAACAGGCUUGUUCUUUAGGAGCAAGGAGGAGGCGAUCUAUUUUGCUGAGAAGCAGGGAUGGCCGUACAAGGUUGAUGAGCCAAAGAAGGUCGUGGUGCCUCCCAAGAGCUAUGCCAACAACUAUGUUCACGUGCCCGGCAAGCUCAGAAUCCACCACACCAAAUAA